GGAUUGUGGAUCCUCAUUAUCAUGAACGGCUUUGUCCGAUACUUCAAACAAGUCAAAGGAUAUUCCAAGUAUUUACAAAAUUAUGCAGUCGAUCAAUUGGUAUCGAGUCGAUCACUAUCCACUGCUUCACAACGAUAUACCGUUACCUUAUUUCCCGGCGACGGUAUUGGUCCCGAAAUAUCUAAAGCUGUACAAGAUGUCUUUGCUGCAGCAGAACUUCCCAUCGAUUGGGAAGUAUAUCAUGUUUCUACAAAGUCUGUAAAACCUGGAGAAGAUUUGAUUCCAAAGGAAGCUUUGGAUGCUGUGAAAAGAAACGGUUAUGGUUUGAAAGGACCGUUGGAAACGCCCAUCGGAAAGGGACACAAGUCACUCAAUCUGACACUAAGAAAGGCACUUUCUUUGUAUGCCAACGUAAGACCCUGUGUGAGUGUACCAGGAGUAAAGACUAAAUAUGAGAAUGUGAAUGUAGUGACUGUUCGUGAGAAUACAGAAGGAGAAUAUAGUGGUUUGGAACAUAUUGUUUAUCCUGGUGUGGUAGAAAUGAUCAAAUUGAUAACGAGACAAGCUUCUCUACGUGUUGCUAGAUAUGCUUUUGAAUAUGCCAAAAACAAUCAAAGAAAAAUGGUAACUGCUGUACAUAAAGCUACCGUCAUGAAAAGAGCAGAUGGACUAUUUUUGGAUUGUUGUCGAGAAGUGGCACAACAAUAUCCCAAUAUUCAAUAUGAAGAAAUGUUGAUUGACACUUGUGCUGCACAUUUGGUACAGAAUCCUUCACGUUUGGAUGUGAUGGUUAUGCCCAAUCUGUAUGGAGAUAUCAUAAGUGAUUUAUGUGCUGGUCUCAUAGGUGGAUUAGGUUUAACUCCAUCAGGAAAUAUGGGUGAAGCUUGCAUGUUGGCAGAAGCUGUCCAUGGUACGGCACCUGAUAUUGCUGGAAAGAAUGCAGCCAAUCCUACAGCGCUGUUAUUGAGUUCACUUAUGAUGGUUCGUCAAAUGAAGCUCUUUGAAAAGGCAGAUAUCAUUGAAAAUGCAAUCUAUGAUGUAUUAAAAGAAGGAAAGGUACGUACGAGAGACUUGGGUGGAACAGCUACUUGUACGGAUUAUACUUUGGCCAUUGUGGACAAAAUUCGCAAGUCGCUUCAAUAAAAAAUAAUAAUAAUCCCAUUGU